CCCUCCGUCCUCCCCCCGGCCGUGGCCGUCUGUCUUGUACAGCCAGCCCGCGAGGAACAGCAACAUACUGAAACAACCCUCCCCAGGCGGAGUCAGCUGCAUUCCCUAAAAGGUUCGUCGCUGCAUAUCACUUUGGUUGGUACCGAGGCGGAAAGAAGUCUUGAAACCUCGAGUCUCCAUUUGUUUCUGAAAUGUUUCCUCGAGUCCUGUCCGUCCCGGGCCAGGAAUGUACCAUGGACCUGCCCUUUCCUUUCCCUUUCUCUUUCCCUCCUCAAGUGUCCUUCCUUUUGUUCCCGGCCGCCGGCUCCCCAUGGUGGUAUCUUGCGCAUCCGGCUACUUUUACAAAAUAUCAACUUAAACUGUUUGUCCCCGCACGAUCCGUAGCACGAAAUGGCUUCUCUCGCUUUCUCGCGCGCCAGUUUCCGCGCAUGUCUGUUGUAUGUCCAAGGUGUAGAAUCUUUGUCAUACGACGCCAACAUCCUUGUCUACCUCCCACCCCUCGAGGGACCUUGUUCGAAAUGCUCUCACUCCCUUUUUGUCUCCCUCGCCAGGGAAACCCUCGCCAGCCACAACCAAGGAAACGUCAAGUACGAAAAUCAAGUCGUUGUUGCAUGCUUCGAAAACGAUCGGUAGUUGGCCUGCGGUUGCUCGCCGAUACAUGGACGGGCAUGUCUUUGAUAAGCAUCGGGCUGUCUUUAAGUAUGCCUUUUGUUUCCCCCCUUCCUCGCAAAGUGACCGAAAUGGUUUGAUGUAAUAAAAACAAAAAACGACAGUGUCGAGGUGAAAUGUGGUAAACGCCGCCAGAUGAAUGCCCUGUCCCUUCGGUGCCCAUCCAAUUGAAUAUGUGGUAAGGAGCAGGAUAUAUACAGUUGGAAAAAGAAAGUGAAAAAAAAAAAAAAAAACGUAGAAAGUCGACGCCGGGUAU